AUUGAUAAUAAUAUUCAUUAUAUUAUAUCUUUUCACUUUUCCCUCUUCCCCCCACUGUUUUAGUUUACUUUUAUAUAAACGUUCGAAAUAAAUAUGCCAAAGACAGAUACAAGCUUUUCAACAUAUACUUCCAUGAUGAGGGUCACAAGUAAAGGCAGACCGUAUACAAAAGAUCUUUAUGAUAUGUUUGCCGCAGUUUUACUACAAAUCAAGUUAAUUGACCAUAGGGUUAUGUUCCGCACCUAUUCUUAUACGUUUACUACUGAAGAAGCUUCAAAAGUCAUGUCUUCCCUUGUCUUUAUACAUGUCAGUCGAAACCCAGACCCCUCUGAUCCAUCACGUCAAAUUUCAACAAGAACAACCACAACUUUCAGUAUGAACUAUCAGUCUGUUAAAACAUUGCUUCAACAAUUUUUAUCUGCACGUCUUAUUAUGUGCGCAACAGAUCCUCAAAAUUGGAACUCCAUGAAAGAUCGAAGCCUUUGGUGUCCUACCUUGAAGGGUAAGCUUGUUCUUGAAGAAUUUGCAUAUACAGCACAAAUAUUACUAUCAGAUACACUUCUUGCCGCGCUCCACGCAUCCUCCAUGUCUACUAACUACGACACUAUGAAAAAUAACAACUACAGUUUUAAUAACGGUCCAAGUAACCGUAUUAUUCAUCUUGAUCGACUUUCAGAUGAUGAUGAUCAACUUACCUUUUCACGCAGCAAUAUGACGGUCAUUUUCAAAGCAAUGAUGGCAAGCUUGCCUAAAGAGGCUCUCUUGGCAGACGAUGUUCCUGGUAUUGAAAAGAGGAAACUUCCGCUCUAUAAAUAUACCUUUAUGGGUAUUCAUUGCAUUAACUGGCUCUGCGAUCGAUUAACGAUCUUUUGUCGUGAGGAAGCAGAAGCUGUAGCAGCUGAAUUUGUUCUCUUCGGUUGGGUCUCUCACGUGCUUGAUAAAUGUGAAAAGACAGCUACUACUAAUUCAGUUGAUGAUAUCGUCACAUUUAAAACAAAUCGAAAUGCUAUCUAUUAUGUAACAGAACGUGGUUGUUUAGUGACGGGUUGGAAAAUGCCUAGUAUGGAUGCGAAGGACGAACAAGAAAACACCAUGACACAAUCAUCUAUGAGUAGUAAAUCAAGUAGUACUAAUAUUUCAUCUAUUUCAAACUUGAGUAAUAGUACAAACAAUAAGUCAAAAAAUAUACCACAACAGGAUACUAAACUUUCGUCUUCAAAUGGCAAGCUCAUGUCAGCAGAAGCAAGUCAUAAUGAUGUACUCAUAAAAGACAAUAAACAACAUCUACUCAAUAGAUACAGCUACUAUGAUAUUAUAGAUGAUAAAAGGAUAGAGAAACCUAUUGAAGCAGAAACAAUUCAUGAUGAAACAGCUGAAAAGGCAUUGGAACCACUUCCGAUCAUUUCACGAAAAAGUACAGCUUAUGAAGACGGUAUUCCUCAACUUUCUUCAUUCGAACAACCACAGACUCAGGGAUCUAAUGAGUUACGUCCACUUAGCAGAGUAAUUACGAAUUCAUCUUUGUCUUGUACCACAAGUUUUAAUAAAGUUAAUACAAACAAUAUGAAUUCACAAAGAGCUCGUCUUCAAAAAGUGCUGGAGACACCGCUACUUCGAAUGUAUUUCCGAGACUUUUUGAAAGCCAACUAUUGUAUAGAGAACAUAAAUUUUUGGGUUGCUAAUAAUAAACUGUUACAAAGCCUUAAGCAACAACAACAACAACAACAACAACAAAGCAAUAAAAAGUCUACUACAGUCAUUUUAGAGUUACUCUCCGAAUGUUAUUCAGUCUAUGAAAUUUAUUUAGGACCUCAGGCAGUAGCAGAUAUUAACAUCGAUCAUAGUUUGCGUCAAGAGAUUAUUCACUUUUUCUCUACAGUUUUUGUCAUUCACAAUGAUAAUAACAAUUUAUCGGUUGCGGCUAAUGAUUCAAAAAAUUACUUUCUAGUUCCAUCAUUCAAUCAUUAUCAGUCAAUGACCAAUACAGUAAAUAAACCAUCAAUGACCUCGGCAAAAUCAGGACAAGCUGGAUUGCUUUUGUUGCCUCCCCAAAUGGUAAAUAACAGUAAACGACGUAAGGUAGUGAUUCGAAGCAAUACAAUUGUACCCGAGCGUUGUUUAAUGAAGAUUUUAAAAAUGUUUACUAAGGUUAAUGAACAUGUUUGUUGUAUGAUGGCGGAAGAUUCUAUACCAAAAUUUAUCAAAACUGAGAAAUAUAAACAGCUAAUAAAUGCACAUCAUCAACAAGAGCAGCAAGGACAAGAAGAUAAUGAUGUUGACUACGAUAUUGUAUACGAAGAUAGUAGUGAAGAUGAAAAGGAAAGAAGUAAUAAGGCGAAGAAUAACUUUGUAACUUCUUUAUUAACACAGAGAUCUUCUAUGGAUCAGUCACAACAUGAAUCUGUAACUGCCCCUACUACUUUAGGACCCCUUUUUUAAAUAUGGAUAGUUAUAGUAUCCCUAAUUAUUUUAUUUGUGUAUGCGAGACUGCUUCAGAACGCUAUUUAUUUUUUUUUUUGUAUCUGUAUUUCACUAUGUAUUAUACUGUACUAUGUUUGUUUUUAUUUUGCUUGGGACAUAUCAUACUUUCAUUGUUGUUGUUGAUCCUUUCAUGUAUAUUUUAACAACACAUUUAAAUCUAAUAAUGGGACUCUUUUUUUUUCCUCUGAUAUUAAAUCAAUAAAAACUCUUUUUAAUCAUACAAAU